AAAAUAGAAAGGAAGAAGGAAAAUUUGCUCUGAUCACGCCAUUACUAUCCGCUGUGGAACAGGAAACUUUCCAAAACUUUUAACCUUCCAGAAGUCCUGAAUGUGACUCUGUAUCGAGAAGGGUCGUUUCUGAAUCCUUGGAUAUGACAGUCUUGCGCUGAGAGGGGAUCCGCAUGUCAACCAACUCCAUUUCUUUUGGGAGGUUAUUUUCUCGGCAUUUAUUUUAGCGUGCUUCGGAAGUCGCCAGCAAGGAGGAGACGGAGCUUGGUGGAUAGCUACAUUUCAAGUCUUUAUACUAGAGAGAGGAAUGAUGUUGGGGAAUGUUGGAAUAUAUGCGGCGAAGAAACGUAAGAAGCCCGUACAGAAAAUUCCCAAGCCCCCGCCUCCUGAUGGAAUCAAGUCCAACCCCUCCAAGCGUCACCGGGAUCGGCUGAACAGCGAGCUGGAUAAGCUGACCAGCCUGCUGCCCUUCUCGGAGGAUGUGCGGGCGAGGCUGGACAAGCUGUCGGUGCUCCGCCUUAGCGUGGGAUACCUGAAGGUCAAGAGCUUCUUCAAUGCAACCAUGCAGAAGGGCAGCACAGGCUGGACGGGGGACCGGGCCGUGUCCUUUGGCGGGAAUGGGCAGGUCAUGACCACAAUCGACGGCGUCACCUUCUCGGAAGCAGACCUGCUGCUACAGGCCCUGAACGGCUUUGUCCUGGUGGUCACAGCGGAAGGAUACGUCUUUUACACCUCGCCCACCAUUCAGGACUACCUCGGCUUCCACCAGUCUGACGUUGUCCACCAGAGUGUGUUUGAGCUGAUCCACACCGACGACCGCAGCAUGUUCCGACGCCAGCUUCACUUCGCCCUCAACCCCAACCAGUUUAACCCAGAGCAGAGUGGGGAAGAGUGUUUGCCUGGCAUGCAAAGCAGUACUGACGUCAGCAGCAAUGUUGUGACCUAUGACCCCCAACACAUCCCCCCAGAGAACUCGUCUUUCCUGGAAAGGAGCUUUGUGUGUCGGUUUCGCUGUCUCCUUGACAACUCCUCUGGCUUCCUGGCCCUGAACUUCCAGGGGCGGCUGAAGUACCUCCACGGUCAGAACAAAGUCGCCGAAGAUGGGACCAUGGUGCACCCUCAGCUGGCCCUGUUCGCCAUAGCCACGCCCAUGCAGCCCCCCUCCAUUCUGGAGAUCAGGACCAAGACCCUCAUUUUCCAGACCAAACACAAGCUGGACUUCACGCCUAUGGGCAUUGACAGCAGGGGGAAGGUGGUUUUGGGGUACACAGAAACUGAGCUAUGUCUGAGAGGCUCUGGCUAUCAGUUCAUCCACGCCGCCGACAUGAUGUACUGCGCAGACAACCAUGUCAGAAUGAUAAAAACAGGAGAAAGUGGUUUUACGGUGUUCAGGCUCCUGACAAAGACAGGCGUGUGGGUCUGGGUCCAAGCCAAUGCCAGGCUGGUGUACAAGGGAGGAAGGCCCGACUUCAUCAUUGCACGUCAGAGAGCCUUGACUAACGAGGAGGGUGAAGAGCACCUGCGCCAGAGGAAGCUGCAGCUUCCCUUCAACUUCGCCACCGGAGAGGGGUUGCUGUACGAGACCGGCCCCAGCCUGGACUUCCCUCUCAUCCCGGGCAACGGCAAAGCCGCCAAAAUCAGGAAGAUGCCCGACCAGAAGGACCUGGAUCCCAACUCCCUUCUGGGCUCCAUGCUGAAGCAGGACCAUUCGGUCUACAUCCAGCCCCCCGACACCGACCACCAGUUUUCCCUGGACCAAGCCUUCAUGGACAGCCACGCUCUCGUCAACGUCCCCGGCGACACCUGGCAGGAGGGAGCCUCGAAAACCAACGGCCUGGUGAAGGAGGAGACCGCGAUGAGGGCGAUGAUAGACACGCUGGAGCAGAUCAUAGGAGACCGCAAGCUGUGCUCCUCCCUGGAGGAGCUGGACCCGGUGGAGCUGCAGGAGUGGGAGAGCGCCCUGCUGAAGAUGAACAUCAGCAACAACGACAUGUCUGUCGAGUUUAACAACAUCCUCACCAACGAUAUCUUCACCUACGUGGAGGAGGCCCUUUUCAAGGAGAACGGCAUGAGCCAGUGCCCUGAGCAGCUUAAUACCAACAACAGCUUCCCCAACAACUCACUCAUCAACCAGAGCACCUUUGUAGGAGGGACAGAAAGCCUGCCAGGGGUGGAGUUACAGAAUUCCAUGUUGCCUGUCAACCAGGUUUUCAACCACCACAAUCAGAUGGUCAGUGACCAGGCGGUGGCUGAUCCCCAGUCCAACUUCCUGGGGGUGGGAGGGCAAAGCCUUCUGGGAACAGGAAGUGAGGUCCGAGGCAUGCAGAAGCUCACGCACAUGGAUCCUCCAGUCGCCGCAGUGCUAACUAGCCCCGCCCAGAUGCAGCCUGCCCUGCAGCAGACGCAGCCAGCUGACGUGUUCACCCAGUCACUGGAGCUGUCUGAGCUCUGCGCCCCAAACAGCCUGGGCCAAGACAACUUGAUGAACUUCGACCUCACGUCGACACAAUCCUGUGCUCAGAGCUGCAGCCAGGUGAGGCAUGGCCUGCCUGUCUCACAGACUAUGCACAAUCCUACCAAGAUGAACAGCCUUGGGCUGUGUCCUCAAAAACAAAUGCAGUCGCCUCAAACCGCCGCCAGGCAAGGCCUUCCCAACCCAAUGACUCUGCCCCUCCAGAACCAAACACAACCAGGGGUGCCAGUCCAGCAAAUACCCUUCCAGCCACAGAAUCCUGUCAACCAAUCCAAUCAGUUGGCCUCAAGCCAGGAGAGCCAGUGGCUUCCCUCCAUCCCCAACACUAACUUUGCAGAUGAUCUGCUGGAGGCUUGCACCUCGAAUGUUUCCGUACAGUCGGACCUCUUGAGUCCGUCGCCGUCCAUGUGCCUUCAAGGACAGUUUUCCCUGCAGACUCAGAGCAGUCAAAGUCAGGGACUGCAGCCGUGGCAACAGCAGCAGCCGCUUUCCACGGCAGCGCAAAAUGGCCACCAGCAUCUGCCGGCCCGUUUCAGUCAGGCCCCAGGAUUUCAAACACAACCCGCAACAGGUCUCAUUCGUCAGAGCUCACAGAACUGCAGGGUCGGUUACGGGCCCCAAAAGACACCCAACGGCGUCUACCACCCCCACCCACAGGGGGUGCUGUCGCACGAGCUGCCCCCAGCAGGAAACAGCAGCUGUAUGUUUGAGAACAGCACCCCCCAGGUCCCUGUCAACGGGAUGCAGUUCAGCAACAUGGGGGCGCUGGCAGCAACUGUGCCCUGCCAGACACAGGUGCCUUCCUACAACGAGAGCCCCCCGCAGGCCUCCUGCUACUUCCAGAGGAACGCCAGCGGGCCCAUCGUGGGCACGUCGGCCAUCUCCCAGGGGGACACCAACAUCAGCCCCACGUCCUGCCAGAUGACACCCAACUUCUCCCCGGAGAGCCUGCUGUCCCAAGCGCAAUAUCUCAGCUGCAGCGGGCAGACACAGAUCCCGAGCCAUCCGCCAGAGGAAAACGGACUUUUCUCAUUCCCUCCCCUCAGCAACGGAGCCACGUAUUUUUCUGAGAGCAAUCAAACCAAUUGUUGUGACUUCUAGAGUAGGAGAAGCAAAAGGCAGAGAGACAGAGAAGCAGCGCAACAAUCACAAAUGGGAAGGUGUGGGCCACAUCCGUGGGGGCUCUGUAGGUGCCCCCAGAAAUUCCCCCUUUUUGGCUUUUACAGAGACACGAAAGUCGGCCUCGAUCUCAGUCUGUCCUCGCAGCUUGUGCCCAAAAAAAAGGCAGGUAUUCAACCCACCCUGCCCCCUCCUUACCCUGCCCCACCAGGCUGUGACGUUUGGUAAGGUCACGCUUUGGAAACAGAUCUUCACCAGAGUUCUACCCAGAGAGAUGUGCCUCAUGCCAGAUUCGUCCUUUCGUCUUGUUUGGAGCAGAGCAAGAAUUCACACCGGAAUAUAUUCAUUGUUUUGUUUUGUGUGUUUUUGGAUAAUUGUGUCUGUUCUGAUUUUUGUAUUCAUAGAAAAGAAAAUGCCAGAGCUGUGGAAACCAGUUGCAAUAAAUGUGUGUGUUUAUGGGAGGAAUUACCCAGCAAGUUGACUGUAUUGCUUUUUGAGGGCAUCUGGCUGUGCAAAAUUCUGUGCAAAUUCACUGAUAUUCACAUUGAGUGGAUCGUCUGGCAUGGUGAGAACAGAGAUUGGGGAUGAACCAUCCAAACGGUGUUAAUAUCAGUGAAUUUUUGCCACAAGGUUGGUGCAGCAUGACACCCUCAAACAUGAUCAGUAUGAUGAAGUAAACAAGGCGGGUCACAGUACGAUGUCAUCAGAAUCAGAUUCCUGGGAAUUGAUUUGGGCAGAAAGAUUCCACAUUACUUGUUGGAAAACCCUAGACUCGACUUAACAGGAGUGAUCUUAGCAAUUGUAGUGGAAUCAGGCCACAUUAAUAUCCUGUAAAUCAAUUCCAUAUGCCCCGUGGCUGGGAGGUAAAAGGUCACUCCAGGAAAGAGUGUUGUUAGUAUCUCACCCUCAAAUCUAUGGCACAGCUGAAUAUUUUGGAAAAGCCAAUGAAAGAAAAGAUCUGGAUCUGUCUGAGCGCUUACAGUGUAGUGUAAAUGUAAAUGUAACAUACGUAUCUAAAUAUAUAAGUAUAUAUACAUAUAUAUGUAUGCCACAUAUGCCACAAACUUGAGGUGAUUCCCAGGAACCUGUUGGAUUUCACAUGGGUUCCAGUGAGAUAAUGCACAGUGGACUGUAACAGAAAUGGUGUGUCGCAUAGAGGCUGGUCGCAUAGGAGGAAUUCCCUGCUCAGCAUAUUAAGGCUGCUGCCCUGAUGAUGUUCUUGCAUUCGAAAUUGUGUUUCAUUUUUACUUUUCAAAAUAUCAUAUAAUAACAAGAUAUGUUAAUCAGAUUGUUAACGAUAAAGGAUAUCAUUUAUUCAUCCAGCGUUGUUUUGUUUUAAAAAAAACGUGCUUCUUUUAUAUUUUUAUACGCAUUUAAUUGAAAUUAUUAACAUGUCAUUGAGCCAUUCUUUGUUUAAUGUGUUUCUUGUGUUUCUUGCUUGUUUGUCAUUCACAGAUAUUAUCCUUCCUUUGUGCUAUGUACUUGUGCUUCUGUUGGUAACUCAGACUUCAGAGGGAUGUAGCUACUGCCCCCC